CACAUUGUGCGCAGAUACGAGAAAAACAAGCUAAGUUUGUCCGCUAUGAUUAAAAGUGGUGAUUUUAUCGAAAGAUUAAAUCAACAAAACCAUGAAAAUUCCAAAGCCAUCGAUUAUAAAACGCAUGGCUAUGACUUGGAGGAGGGUGAAGAGGACCAGGAAACGAAGGAUGACUCAAAAGACAGUGUUUGGUCACCAGAAAUCGAGCAAAGUUUUCGUGAAGCUUUGAUUAUCUAUCCACCUUGUGGCAGAAGAAAAAUUAUUAUUUCGGACGAAGGAAAAAUGUUUGGACGAAAUGAAUUAAUUGCACGAUAUAUCAAGCUUAGAACGGGCAAAACUAGGACAAGAAAACAAGUAUCAAGUCAUAUUCAAGUGUUAGCACGUCGACGAUCAAAAGAAUCAGCUGAAUAUUCAUUCGAUGAUAUUUAUGAUUCAGAUUUAUGUGGUUUCUCCCCAUCUACAGAUAUUCAUGAAGAUACUGAGCAAUCACAUUUUAAUGUGGGAAAUUCGAAUUCUAAACUAGAAACGAAUACAUCAUUUAGUGUUGAGACAUUUUUAUCACAAGUCACUUCUCCUGAAUAUACAGAUUUGAAAAAAUUAAAUAUUCUUAAUAAAUUAAGUAUUAUUCAAACGGAAGAAAUACACCUUAUGUAUUAUGAUUUAUACAUGUGUAAUUCUGCUCAGGCUCAUCAUUCUACGAAUGAACAAGCUUUGAUUAUACUUAACUCAUCCUCACAAAUUAGUGUAGUUCACUCCCAAAUGGAUUCAAAUCAAUCUGAUAUUAUACCUCAACAUAUUGAUAUAAAUUGGCCACAUAUUCUUAGAAAUCAACCUGAAAAAUGUUUCAUUAUGAAUUUAAGGAUUGAUUUACCAGAUGCUAACCAUUUGAUGUGUAAUCCAUUUUUAUCCACAACUAUUAUAUUCAAGAGUAUUUGCUCUAGAAAAAAAUCUCUGAAAUUAUCUACAAAAAUUUUCACAUUUAACCAACUUAUCACAGAGACAGAAACUAAUUUAAAAUUACUGGAAAAUAACCAAGAAAAGAUUUAUAUUAGUCAACGAAAAUUGGAAUCAUAUCUUACAGAAUUAUUGACAAAUCUUUCAAAAUUAGAUUCUGAAAAACUUAUAAAUUUGGCUUUGGAAAGUACAUAUUUAUUACAGCUUGUAUAUGAUGAUGAAACUAAUUGUCCAAUGAUUGGAUUUAUUAUACUAUUAAACAUGUCAAGAGUUGAUCAUAUGAAACCACAUCAAAUAAUUUGUUUUUCAUAAUUUCAUUUCAUUUUCUUUUCUUUAACACUUUCCCUUGUAGUGUAAUGUAUUCUUCUUUUUAUUUAUUACAAACUGUAAUACAUCUAUCAAUCUUAUGUAUCGUUUUCAUUUAACCAUAAAGUUUUAUAUUAACAUAUUGUUUCUCUCGAAUUAUCUCCUAAUCUUUAAAUCAAUUUAUAAUAUUACAUUUAAUCAUAAUGGUUUUAUUUAUUUAUCCAUGAAAUUACAUCUUUAUUAUGUAAGUUUACUUUCGUGCUAUAUAUAAAUCAACAGAAUUAUUAACAAAUAUAUUUGCUUCUUUUGUUCGAAAUUACCUAUUAUGACUUGUUCUAAAACAAUAAUGACGAAUGUGGAUGAUGAAUGAUGAAAGUUUUACAUAAUAGCCUUCGCAUUGCUAUAAUGUUCUUACUGAAUUUAAGUCACUUUGAUGUUUUAAAAUUAGGGGAUUCUUCAUUCAGAUCGGUUUCCUAAGCAAGUUUUCCUUGAUGGGAGAUUUUCGUUGUAACGUGUGGACUGCAGGUUUUGAUAAGCAGCGUUUUAUCGAUCGGAUUAGUGACACGUAAACACGUAAUGAACGACUUAGAGUCCCGAUUGGCCCUGCUUCCCUGUCUAGCCCAGCCAGUUGAGUCCAGAACACAAGUCACAGCCUCUGAGAUAUGAAUCAUUGUAUUUCAGACAUACUCUGCUUAUAUACCAACCAAACAAACCACAUCGUACCACAAAAUAGAAAACAACAUUUACACAAUAUUUAACAAGUGAAAUAAAUAUCGACCAAUAGGAAAUGUCCAUUUAACGUCCAAGGACACCAUUCGACUUAAUACGACAAUCAUUGGUAUAUUCCUCUGCAUACCUAACAGUUUUAUCAUUCAAUUUCAUCAUAAUUUGUAUCGAAAAACUAUCGACUCUCCUUUAAAUUAGACAGAUCUGCCUAAUUCCAAUUUUGGAGAAGAUUCACAGGAGUGUAUCUUGAUUCUUAGGUGACUAACUCGUUGAUAUAAUGGAUCGCAAGCAUUUAAUUAAGACAAGUUCACUCAUUUUUAUGAUUCACCACAACUGCAUACCUUACAAAGGCAUCUUAACAGGUUUCAGACGUAAAAGUUGAGUUAAAACUUUCUGUCGCUCUCAACAGUUUUCAUCGUUUUUGUCUCAAGGACGACCUUUGCUUCCUUAUCUCUAUCCACUAGUAAUCCCGGCUUCCUUUAUACUUUUUGUUAAUGAUAUUACUGCACUAUAUUGUUAUAUAUCAAGUGGUCAUGUAGAUAUUUAGUCUAAGACGAAGUGUCAUAUUUUUCCUAACACUGAUUAUAGUGCCACUGGAACUGAGAUAGUACUUUUUAGCCAGAGGAAUUAAUGUAACCGAUCCAAUAUCUCACGUCAGUACUUUCAUGAAUAUUACGAUCCAUUCAUUUCUUCUGUUUUGCAGCUAUCCUUAAAAACGUUCCUUACAUUGUCCCUAGCUGAAAAUUUACCGAGUUAGACGUGAAAAUUUGCAUAUUUAGCAACCCUGACAAUAUAGUCUGACCACCAUAUCAGCGUACGUCAAAACAGACGAUAAUCACUUUUGGCUCAUGAAUGUAGGUCCUUAGUAUAUUGGAAAUGAACGGAAUAGUGUGGCCACUUAACUUCAGUAAUUACAUAUCAAAGUCAUACAAUCUUUUAGGUACUCCGGUCUGACUCGUUCUAUUUUACCAGCCAGGUUAUUCUGCUUUUAUGAUGCAAUUACGAGAUAAAUGAAGACUUUCCAGAAUAAUAUCCCGUAUUCAACGAAAAAGAUUAUGGAAGUACAAAGUAUGGACGCAAUAACGCACUGGUCGAUUAAUAUAUUAGAUGUAAUCAAUAGACGUUAAUUUACCUCAACAUUAAGACAACUCAUUAAAUAAUUCAACGUCUAGUAAUCAGACCUACAAGGUAGCGAUGCGUUCAACCCGGAGUAAUAUUUGGCUAAGGUUCAAAGAUUCUUCAUUGAAUCUGCAGACGUGUCAUUCUGUCUAAAACAUUUGACGGUAAUAUUUUCUUUAUUAAGGCAACGGUUUGUAAACUCCUUAACACACAAACACCAGCUAUGUGAAUAACACUUUUGCCAGGGACUACAGGCUUUAUAUCCUGGGUUAAAAAAUAACUUAUACACAAACGUGUGAGUUCUUUGUUCAGUGAGUCAAGUGAAGGAUGUCUAAUAAAUGUUACUGUAAAGAGAAGAUUUCGAAUACUUAACAAAAUUAGACACUGUCUAAGUUUUCUUCUUUAUUUGUGGAUAUCUUUGUAGUUUCAAUCACUCCAUCUUUCACUUUUUCAGUGGUAACCACUAACCAUUCUUCUGCCUCUCCAUCGCCUGUUGAUUUCUCAGCAAUUAGUUUCUAAAAGCCAAAAAUAUACUUAGGGUGUUUAAAAAUAAUAAAAAGAACUAUGAAAUCCGUGAACAUAUGAGACUAACGUUCAGCUAUCUUCAGGAAACUGGCCGUCUAUGAUGUUGUAUAGCUACUAAUUUCUGACUAUGAAUAACCUCGCUAUUCAUUUCUUGAAGUUAUUCUCCUAGUUUGAACCAUGUAAAUUUGAUAAACGUGAUGUCGUUAAUCUACAAUAAAUGGUAUUUUGUUGAGUCCUGGAGAAGAAAAGUCACAAAUUAAUCCCCCAAACUAAGUAGUUUUUCAAGUAUUUGACAUUGACCCAACUUUUUUUAGUGGACACAUCCAAGCUGACGGUUCUUGGCAUGCAUCCUCACAAGAUAACACUCAAACGCUCCGUGCUACACAUCUCUUACGACAACCACUCAGUACAUCGCAUAUUUGCUUUCAAGACUAAGGAAGUGCGGUAUUUGUGUUAAAUAAUGAUUCCUUUUUACCUGGUCUCGCGCUCAUGAUGAAUCCCAAAUAUAGAACGUUCUGUAGUACCCAUCUAGUUCUACUUGUCCUAAAUUCCACUAUUUCGUGGAUUCUUAAUUAGCUCAUUAAUUCAAAUACUUUCGAUCAUCAUAGGAAGAAGCCGUCAAGUAGUAAUUCAGUAUAAAACAGUCUGUGUAUAAGUUUGUGGUCAGACACAGAAACAUCGUUGUUUCUUACAGACUAAGAUUCGUAGACAUCCAUUCAUGAAAUCAGUGCACUCACUUUUUCUGACCUACAAGAAGCUACAAAGAGAAAGCUUUAGGUGAAACUCAAAAUUUCUGGAUGGUCCGUCCAAAUGACAUCAUGAUAAUUUAUAUUUCACGGGAUCUUAGUUAUGUUCAUGACAUCACGUUACAGAGACUAACGUCUGAGAAAUAUCUUCAGUAACCAUUCUUCAACGAAAGAUAUGAUCAAUCAAGUACAAACCGUUAAGUUUUGAAAAUACAGAGCAUUAAUUUUCUCAGUAGAAGAAAUUCAAACAUUAUGCCUCUACGUUUUGUAACUAUACUUAAGUAUAGCGACUACUACUUAUCGUCCAACAACCUUCCUUCUAUUGGAGAUAUUUCUCUGCUCGCACUAAAACUCAGGGUAAGUGAUUUUUACAACAACGCAUCCAUGAAAACACAUGAUGUACUUUUCGACUUGUCAUUAGUUUAUUAUUUUCUAAUUGCUGAGCGUCGUAAAGGUUCGUAUGAAUUUUCUCAUAGAAUGCCGAUCAAGAAAUUCAUGGGUUCAGUAUCCAGUUUCAAUUUAAGCAGCUGAAUGAUCUUUUGUAGUCCGAAUGAUGAAGCGAUCUCAUUUGGGCUAACUUUACCUUGAGUGCCUCAUAAAAUGUAGCGUCAGUCGAAAAGUUGGCAAUCAGACGAGUAUUUGGUUUUACGCCAGUGAACUUUUUGAAAUAUCCUC